UCUCCGUCACUUUCACUCACCCUAGCAAGCAGCCUGCCUGCUUUUCCCUUUCCCAUCGUCUUCCUCUCCCCUCCACACACAUACAUACACAGUUGCGUUGUCGUCCGGCCGCUGUGCGUGCGUUCCUGCCUGCGUGCAGUGCGUGCGUGCUUUCUUUCGCUCCAUCCGCUCCCCCCCUCCAAAUCUCUCGAAAAUCCGAGCCGCCGCCGACCAGCCUUUACCGCCGAUCCCUCUCCGGCCGGCGCGCGUACGUACGUCCGUCCGGCCCCAGAAAAUAUAAAGGGAAGGCAGCCGGGCGCGCGGGUGGUUAGCCGGCCCUCUACCACCGGCGCCUCGCCGCCGUCCAGUUCCAGGCCGCCCGCACGCACAUGAGAUCAUGAGCUCGGAGGACUCGGUGAAGUCGCUGUCGCUGGACUACCUGAACCUGCUGAUCAACGGGCAGGCCUUCAGCGACGUGGCCUUCAGCGUGGAGGGGCGGCUGGUGCACGCGCACCGCUGCGUGCUGGCCGCGCGCAGCCUCUUCUUCCGCAAGCUGUUCUGCGGCCUGGACCCGAACUACCAGCCGCCGACGCCGACGCUGGGCUCGUCGUCCUCCGGCGCCCGCGCGCCGGAGCUCGUCAUCCCCGUCAGCUCCAUCCGCUACGAGGUGCUGGUGCUGGUGCUCCAGUUCCUCUACAGCGGCCAGGCCUCCGUGGCCGCCCCCAAGAGCGGGCCGCUACCGGGCUGCGGCGCCAGGGGCUGCUGGCACACCAGCUGCGGCGCCGCCGUCGACCUCGCCCUCGACACCCUCGCCGCCGCCCGCUCCUUCGGCGUCGAGCAGCUGGCCCUCCUCGUCCAGAAGCAGCUGGAGGCCAUGGCGAAGGAGGCGUCCGUGGACGACGUGAUGAAGGUGCUGAUGGCGUCGCGCAAGUUCGAGAUGCAGGAGCUCUGGGCCACCUGCUCGCACCUGGUGGCGCGCUCGGGCCUCUCCGCCGACCUCCUCGCCAAGCACCUCCCCAUCGACGUGGUGGCCAAGAUCGAGGAGAUCCGCGCCGCCGCCAAUAAGUCCCCCGUGUGCGCCGUCUCCGGCGGCGGCGGGCCGCGCUCGCCGUUCCUCCUCACCCACCACUACCUCCCCGUCAACGGCGCGUCGGCGUCGGCGUCGGCGUCGGAGGCCGAGCGCGACCACAGGGUCCGGCGCAUGCGGCGCGCGCUGGACGCCGCCGACAUCGAGCUGGUGAAGCUGAUGGUGAUGGGCGAGGGGCUGGACCUGGACGCGGCGCUGGCCGUGCACUACGCCGUGCAGCACUGCGGCCGCGACGUCGUCAAGGCGCUGCUGGAGCUGGGCGCCGCCGACGUCAACUCCCGCGCCGGGCCCGCGGGGAAGACGGCGCUGCACCUGGCGGCCGAGAUGGUGUCCCCCGACAUGGUGUCCGUGCUCCUCGACCACCACGCCGACCCCAGCGCCCGGACGCUGGACGGCGUCACCCCGCUCGACGUGCUCCGCGGCCUCACCUCCGAGUUCCUCUUCAGGGGCGCCGUGCCGGGGCUCACGCACAUCGAGCCCAACAAGCUCAGGCUCUGCCUCGAGCUCGUGCAGUCCGCGGUGAUGGUGACCACGCGCGACGACGACGCCGGGGCAGGGGGAGGAGGAAGCGAUGCCGCCGACGACAGCUUGGUGAGCCUCACCAUGAAUUCCACGCUCAUGUACCAGGGCCAGGAGAUGGCGGCAGCGGUGGCCGGCGAGGCCAGGAAAGGGAGCAGCGGUGGUGGCCGAGGGAGCCCGUCCAACUUGUACUUCCCCACUGCCUUCCCAUAAUAAGUAUUUAGUUUCCUUCAUCAAGCAAGCAAUGCCUUUUGUUUUCAUACAUAUAUGCAUCCAUCCAUCCAAAGAUGAUGGAUCUUCAAUUUCGUUGUAUUAGAUUUUUAAUCUGCAUUGUGAUGUGAGGAUGCAUGAUGGUGGUGUGGCUAGCUAGAUACUAAUGCAAGAAUUUCAUGGUAUUUGAUGUGGAUUAAUUGUUCCAUGCAUCUUAGUACAUGUAAA